AGCUGCUGCAAUGUGAAAGGACGAAUUUGGACCAAGACUCCUCACACGAUACAUCCAUCAUGUCCCUGGUUUGAGGUUAUGGGAGAGUGGCAGUAACACGGUGUUGUUGGUGUUCCCAUCGAUCAGGCGACACAGCGGGACGGGGGAGAGAGUGCAGCAACCUGGAGUUAGCAUCUUGUUUCGAGGAGGAAGGCCUCAUACGACUAGCCGAUGUACCGAGGACGAAGCGCUAUUACGGGCUGGCCUUCAAUUCCAUCGAUAGGCAAUUCUCUUAGAAGCUCACACUCCAGGAUUGCUACAUCACCGGAAGUGGCUGCUUGAUGUCACAACUGUCAUCCCAGGAAAAAAAUCUGUCAUCAUGGACGAGGACUUUGGAUUUGCUGCAGCUGAUCAUGGAUUCCAUACAAUCUGAUUAAAUAUACAUGACUGGACUGCGGUCUGGUUCAUCUUACUCGCCGAUGUUAAGAUAGUGGAAAUGCUAUUUUCAUCUUGCAGUUGCGGCAAGUAAUAUAGGUGUUUCAGCGAGAGGAAUCACCGGCACCCUGUUGAGGAAAUCUCUAGUGAUACACCAGCGGAGACUUACACGCGGCCGCAGCCUGAAACUGACAUGUACGCGAUAUGUUACACGGAGUAAAACAUUGCCUGUGGAACGUAACUGUCAUCUUGGAGAAUCGUUAUUCUGGUAUCCUGACUGUGGCGUUAUUGCCCCCGUAAGAUAUUGCGAAGAAUCAUGGAGGUGCAUGAAGUGACCAAUAGUGCGUUGUUUUGGUUAAUUUAAGUUGGCAGUUACCAAGCACCGUAGGAGCGAGGAAAUACUUGGAAAUAACCGUGUUACAAUUGUUGGAAAAAUUCUCUACACAUGACAAGCUGAAAUUGCAGUUAUUAUCAUACUGUGAAGGGGGUAAUGGGACUGCAGAUCCGGGGAUGAUGUUACACGGGUCUAAACUUAGUGACAGUCCCGUCGUCGACGGCCGGCAAAAGGAUGUGUUUCUUCCUCCGAUUAGCACCCAUCGGAAAUGCGCUGGGGUGAAUAACUGCGCUCCCAGCGAGGGUUCCGACGACGAAGACACGGCAAAGAGUUCCCAGUUCCUCAGUACGCGUUGGCGGGCCAAACCUCCGAAAGGCCAGAGCAGGCUCGAGGUGAACCAGUCCUCCAUGUCUGAUAGCUUCGUGCUGCCGAGAAUUAACGGCUCGUCGUCGCAGUCUAAAGCCGAACAUCACGACCGCAAGUCGCGGACUUCGCUGAGCCUUCCGUCCAGGACUAGGGACCCUUGCCUGACCCUCUCCAAGAGCUGCCCAGCCCUGAUGAGUAAUCCACGGCGGCGGACAUUGGGAGGGGAUUCGCCGGACGCCAAGUACGAGUACGACGACGAUUUCGACGAGAGCGACAACCUACGUGAUAUCAAAUCGGUUUCGUUGAACGCAGACACAGUGACCGCCCGCAAACGUGACGGGAGCCAAAGUGGGAACCACAGUGGGUCUUCAGUCCAUCCAGAAGAUAUCACAGACGGUGUCGUUCACAAACUGGCCAAGCUUGAGUCGCCUCGGAGCAAAAACAGUCACCACGGCUCACAUUAUCAUCAUCAUCACCAGCAGCAGCCCCCAAAGACAAAAGAGCCUGAUACAACCUUGCCAGACAUAUUCGUACCGAACGGUCUGGCUCUGAGAAUUACCCAGAACACUCAGCAGACAACUCAUGGACAGAGGGGGGAAUCGAAGAAGCGACUUGCCAAGCGUCAGAGUUCUGUUGAGAGGAGAAGUGAGCAGGAUUAUUUGGUUCCAGGGUUGGUGGACUUCACAAGUGGGCUGAAUGACAACUUGUGCGCCCUGGACCCAUCACCUUGGCAGACGUCAGCAACGGAGGAGGCGGGUACACCAUCAGUUACCGACCCAACAGGCAACCUCUCCACUCUCUCCCAUCAUCCGUCCACCAAAGGGAGCAAGAAGAAACGGAAACAGAAGAAGCAGGUGUCUCUGGAGCAGGACAGGCCUCAUCUCUUGCGAGACACCACACAAGCAGAUAUUAAGUGUAUGACCUGGCUCACAGAAGGUCAUCAGGAGGAAACAACUGACCAAUUGGCACCACCCGCCGCUGAACCUCGUGUAAACUAAGAAAACACAGACUGUAACAUUAUUCGCAAACUUAGCACUUACCCGAAACAGAUCUGUGGGGAAUACUUUGCAUAGUACACUGGCGUGAAGUUCGAGCUCCAGAUUCUCAAUUUUAUGGUGAACUGGGAAAGUAAGUGAUUAAAAAAGUCACUGGGAUACGAUUAGACACAACUUAUAAUUUUCCAUGAUCAUGUAUUUCUAAAAUGGAUUCCACAGUACAUUGCGUACAUGUAUUUCGCAUUUUUCAAAACAUCGUCAGCACUGAGGGAGUUGGCAAAAUGCUAAUGCAUAUGCCAGUCUCACAAUAUUGACGUCAAUUUUAUGCAAAUACUGCAGACAAGAAACCUAGCUGGAAAUUCUGCUCCAUUUCAUCGACUGGGGAUUUUUCUCAAAUAACUUAAUUGGCAUUAUUUUUGGCAAUGGUAAUUAAUCUUGACGUUUUCUUCUGCAUUUGCGCACUAAUUUCACAUACAGUGUACUGACAUUUUUCCUUCUUACACUUCAGCAAAACGUGUAUUAAAUUUUAAAGGCACGGUUUCACAUGCCUUCUUUACUGAGCUAUUCGUGGUGCUUAUAAGUUGCAUAUUGCAAUCCGAAACUAAUAUAUUCUGAUAUGUUACAUUUGCUACUAUAUGAGCAUUAUUUAAAGAAAAACAAAGAAUUUGAAUGUUACACUAAGGCUAAAUGUUCAAAUUGUGACGAUGGAAAUCUUCCAAAUCACCCGUUUUUGUGAUUGACUAAACAUUGUGUGUCAUGGAUCUGCGUGUUUUUCAAAUAAUAUUUUCUUUACCUUGUCCAUUUUAUGUUAAGUUGUGUUGGCGACUGGUCAGAGUUGACAUUUACUUCAAGCUCAUUUCAACAUGACACCGUAAUCACGUUCUGCGAGAAAAAAUUCCCUUGCCAAUGUAAUUUAAUGACAGUGUGUGGCUAUAGUGGAAACUAAUCACGACGGCAUGGCUUGCUUGUUCAUGGGACACAAACCCACCAUUUCCAAGCGAUUAAACGUGUAACGUUUUGAAAGAAGGUCUAGAGAAGCACACUGUGCUGAAUUGCAUUGGAAAAAUGAAUUCUGUUCGUAUCAAUAUAUGUUAACAAUAUCACUGUUAACUACAAACUGCUUAUACUAAGACAAUACGGCAAGUCUUUUUUUUCUUCGUUUUGCAUGACUGAUAAUACAAGGCUGUUGUUAUGACAAUACAGGUACAUGUACAUAUAAAUUUGUCAAUUCCCAAGGACUUUGUUAUAAUGGUGUUCAACCGUGUCUGGUUCAUCUAGCUUAUUUCAUAAUGAUGUAAAGGUGCCAAAUCAUGAAUGUUUGAUUGAUUUAAACCUUGUGAAUCCUAGUAGUGCACGGUGGAAACAUUGUAUUACUCAGUACAUGUACAGCCACAAUAUUUUCAAGAAAAUUUUAAUCAAAACUAGCACGUUUUACGUUUUUGAAAAGCAAAGGUUUUAUUGAAAGGGGCAAGUUUCUACUGCCCAAUGUCCCGUGAGAGCCAAAAUGUUUUAUGGCUUCAGAAAUUAAAAAAGAAACCGUAGAAAUUACUGGUUCUCGAUUGAGUUUACAACACUUCUCAAAAGUGAGUGUACGUGAAGAAACGACUCAAACAGUUUCACGAUACAUGUACAUGUAGGCCUAUAUGCAGAUGGACAAGUCUGAAGAUACACGAAUAGAUAGGCGUUCUUGCUAAAAUGUCACUUUCUUUUCGGUGAUUUAUGAACUUGUUGCGAAGUUGUGUUGCAUCAAACUAAUUAUGGUGGCUUUUUCGAUGAACAUUUAAUGUAGAAUCUUUUACCCCCCCCCCAUUACACACGUAGAGUGAUAUAAGAAAUUAAACUAAUUUUUUUCGAUUAUGGGGGAGCUACACUCUAUGCACUUAAUUAAACUGAACAAAUCUGCCUUCUGACAUGCGUUGCACAUAUCAAUCUUGUUAUCCCCGUGUGCGUAAACAGCACCGGUACUACAGUUCCACUGUAAACAGUAGUCGAAAUCAACCCCAAGUUGUAUUUACUCUGUGGUCGUCUGUGAUUUUGGCAGCCAGAAGAGCUGUCACGCGGCAUUUCAAGUGGAUUUCAAACAGAUUGUCUCCACGCGUCAUUUUUGCAAAUAGCAGAUCAUUUUCCGACUUGUCUGCUUAUCCCUUGAGCAAAGACUCUCAAGUACUUGUGGACAUGCCUAAUGUCCUUAUAGCACCUAUAGCUGCAGCUGUAGACAGCGGAAUUACAUGCAGGAAGUGAGUGAGCCUUGUACAGGUGAUCAUGUAACUGUUGGAUGAAGACUUAAGUCAGCAUUAUACGAGAUCCUUUUGUCCUAAACAAAGUCGUAAAUGUCCUCGUACGCUCAUGUUUUAUUUAGCACUGUAGGUGGUGCCGUGACGCUUGUGUACUUUUAAGAAAUAAAUGAGCAAAAGUCACCAACCAAUUGUUUUAAUGUAUACGCGGACCCACGCCCUUCGCAAUUUGUGUACAUGCACUGAGUUUGCGUUUGCAGCAUGUUGAAACGGUCAGUAUUUUGUGAUAGCUACACACCUACAUCCUUGCUUUUAGAACACCUUGCGUAUUAGAAAACUCACCCGCCUUCAACUGCCAAAAUUGGUAAGGAUUUCAUACUUUCUCUCCACAUCCCCAAAAUAAUUUAAAUAAAAACGUGCCAGUCUAAGACGUGAAGAUUCCCGGGGCUGCAAUGGUUAUUUUGGACUGCCAACACACCUUGUAAGAAGUUUACAAUGUGAGUUAAAAAAAGGACGGUACAGAUGCCCUUAAUUA